AAUUACCUUUUAAUACAGUUUUCUUAGAGGUUUCGUGGCGUGCACAAAUCGGUAAGGUAUCCUUACAAGUGCGUGGUUUGAUUUAGUGAAGUGUCUGUUCGGCGUGACACGGAGUGCGAUUUUCAAGUGUUGGGACAUUGGGAGUUCAGAAAAUCGGACAUUGUGUUUCGAAGGCGGAACAAAAAAAUAGUGUGACAUGAUGAAGUAUAGCAUAGUUUUUGUGAUUGCUUUGUUUGGAGCCGUGAUGGCCCAGGAUAGCUUCAAAUGUCCAGAUGACUUUGGUUUCUACCCACAUCACACAUCCUGCGACAAAUACUGGAAGUGCGACAACAACGUGGCUGAACUGAAAACCUGCGGAAAUGGUCUGGCCUUCGAUGCGACGGAUUCCAAAUAUCUGUCAGAGAACUGUGAUUACCUGCACAACGUGGAUUGCGGUGACCGCACACAGCUUGAACCUCCAAUAACCACACCACACUGCGAUCGUCUUUACGGUAUCUUUGCCGAUCCGGCCAAGUGCGACGUGUUCUGGAAUUGUUGGAACGGUGAAGCCUCCCGCUAUCAGUGUUCCCCUGGUUUAGCUUACGACCGUGAAGCCCGCGUCUGUAUGUGGGCCGAUCAGGUACCGGAGUGCAAAAACGAAGAGGUGGCCAACGGAUUUGUUUGCCCGGCUGCUGGUGAAAUCUCCAACGCUGGUUCGUUCUCGAGACACGCUCACCCAGAGGACUGCCGUAAAUACUACAUCUGCCUGGAAGGAGUCGCUCGUGAGUACGGAUGUCCCAUCGGAACCGUGUUUAAAAUCGGCGAUGCUGAUGGUACCGGCAACUGUGAAGAUCCAGAAGAUGUACCCGGAUGUGAAGAUUACUACGGUGAUUUGGACUUGAAAAGCAUCCGAAAGAGCGAACUCCUCGCCGGUCUAGUCCAAUCUGGUGGUGGUACCCACGGACCAAACAAACCAAUUGUUAAAUCCAACCGCCCACCCGCAAAGGAGAACUAAACAAAAAUAGUAACACAGAAAGCAAUCCAGAAAAACAAACAAAAAAAUUCUACACAGAAACGUACUUCUAGAAGACCUAGAGACCUAGACGCUAGGGACAGUAGCGGAGCUAGUAUCUAAGAAGCUGUGUUUAAAUUCUGGAAGAUCCUCCGAUGAACAUCCUGCCUUUUGCCGGAGGAUAAUAGACUGUUAUUAAAGUAAUGAUUUUAGAUAAGUGAUAGUCAGAGAGGAAUACUCAAAUCUGCUGAAAUUUCUAUGAAAACUUAAGUAUCAAAGAAGCCAUUUUUAAACAGUUUAUGAAUUUUAACCCUAGAAAAUUUGAGCCUUGCUAGAUCAGUGAACACAGUUUUUAUUUAUUUAUUUUCGUUCCUCUUAGUUAAGAUGACGUGAAAGCACCAACCUGUCUUCUGUAAUUUUCGAUAGCCUACAUAUACUUUGUACCACUUUCCCACAGACUUAUCGUACGAGUAAACCGACUGAGGAAUAUUCCCUCACGAAAUCAAGUUUUCAUCUUUUCUAUGAAAAAGAGAUUUCAUUUGUAUGUAAAAAUUGAAAAAAUUCAAAGCCCUAUGCCGAAGGAAACCUAAGAGAGAGAAAAACAAUAAAGAAAAAUAAAGGAAAAAUCGAAAAAAUCACGUACAA